CCAAACUUUCUAAAACGAAAGUAAUCCACACCAGUUUAGGAUUAAAGCACAGUUUCCAUCUGAGUGUCAGAUGUCUUUAUCUGUAGUCUAAAAGCAGCCUGAUCGUGUUUAUUUUUUCGUCUUUUUGCACUUUGUGUUAUUUCAUCUCUUCUAAAUGGACGCAGGGAAAAUGAAUUACAUCGGUUUGCUUAAUGAAUUUGCAACCAAAAAAGGUUGGGUUGUUGAUUUUCAAGAGGAAACGUCAGGAGCAGAUCACAUUAGAACGUUCACUAUGAGGGUCCGAAUAAAUGGUGAGUUAUAUCCUGAAGGUGUUGGACAAAAGAAGAAGGAAGCCAAACAAAAGGCUGCAAAGAAUGCCCUCACAAUUUUGGAAAAAGAUGAACUGGGUAUCACAGAAACAAGUUUGGAAACUUCCACCAGUUUCUCACUCAAGCCAACUCAAGCCAACUUCACCUGCUGGCUGAAUGAAUACUCUCAUAAGCAAAAAAUAUCUUUCAUAGCGAAUGAAAGCACAAAGAUGGGUCUGGGCUCUAACAACCAAAUCUGUGUAGAAUAUGCUUGCAGGUAUGUCUGUGGUGAUAAAAAAUUCCCUGAAGCUAUUGGCAACAGCAAAAAAGAGGCCAAGGAGGCAGCAGCAAAACUUGUUCACGAGAGUCUUACAAAUCAGGUUCUUGAUGUAAAUGGAAACGGAGAAGAAAAUCUAAGUAUCCAAAGCCUCAGUCUACACAAUCAACAGCAGAGCACCACUACGGACACUGAGAACACAUCAGCAGACGUGAACUUCAUAGGGCUCCUUAAUCAAUACUGUCAGAAACGUAAACUAAUGAAUUGUUUCAGAGCCGUAGAAAAAAAAGGGCCUGCACAUGUUCCUGAAUUUGCAGUCAGGGUUGUCGUAAAUAAUAAAGAAUAUCCCGAAGGACGGGGGAGGACUAUGAAAGAGGCAAGACAAAAAGCGGCUCAGCAUGCCUUGAAUGAACUCGAUGACUCAGAUUUAAGUAGUCAGAAUUCAUCGCCGGUCUCAAUGAGUGUGUCAUCAUAUCCUUCCAACUUGUCAGAGCGGUUGUCUCCUGUACCAGUAUCACAUGUUAAACCAAAAAGACAACUCGCUGCAAACUUUCAAAAUUCACCAGUAGGCAUCAAAAAGCAAUCUAAUAUUAAUGCGCUCAAAAUACCAAUACCCUCAACAAACAGUCCAAAUACCCCUGUUUCCAGCCCUACAACAAAAUCAAGGUUUUUAGAGGAGUUUGAUACAAUAAGUAGAAUUGGCAAGGGAGGAUAUGGUCGCGUUUUCAUGGCCAGGCGAAAGCUUGAAGAUACAACCUAUGCUGUCAAGAUAGUAAGGUUUACUGAUACGGCUUGCAGAGAGGUCCAAGCUUUGUCACGUCUUACCCAUGCUAACAUAGUGCGUUACCACUCAUCAUGGACUGAGGAGACAGAGUACAGAGACAGUUCAGACGAUUCCAGCGGUUCACACUCUGGCAGUGGAUCAAAAUUCCUCUAUAUUCAAAUGGAAUUCUGUGAGGGAGAAACUCUGAAAAGGUGGAUAGAAGAGAGGAACUUUAAUCCUGAAAAAUACUCAACCCGGAGGUUGGAAGCAGCAGACAUAAUAAAGCAGGUCUUGGGGGCAGUGAAAUACAUCCAUUCAAAAACACUCUUCCACAGGGACCUAAAGCCAUUAAACAUAAUGUUUGGGCAAGAUGGAGGCGUGAAGGUGGGAGAUUUUGGACUUGUUUCCAAAGAAGAGCAAGAUGAUGACGGACAUCUGCUGGAACGCACCCAGAAAGUCGGGACCCGUUCUUAUAUGAGCCCAGAACAGAGACUACGCCAGAAAAUCUAUGACAGAAAGGUGGAUAUUUAUGCUGCGGGCCUUAUUUUCUUUGAGUUGCUUUGGCGGUUUGGAACAGUUAGUGAAAAAGACAAGGAAUGGGACCGUAUACGAAGUGGGAAUUUUCCGAAAGAAUUCUGCAUAAAGUUUUAUUUUGAACACAACCUAAUUAAAGGAAUGUUGUGUGAAGAUCCUGCGAAUCGACCAGAAGCCAGUGAUCUGCUCACAAAGCUAGACCAACUCUUCGCCACCACAGCCUCAACAAAGCAUGAAAACAGGACAUACUGAUGGGUGAACUUCAGUCUCACACUUUGAGACAAUAUCCAAGAACUGUGUGAAAAUAAACAUUCAAUGAAAUAUUAUUAUGUAGAUGGCUUCCAUGUGGCACUUUAAUAAUAUGAAAUAACUGCAUGUGUUAUUUUAGAAGGCAUUUUAUUUGUUAAUGCUAGUUCAUUUUUUUAAUCAUGGCAUGGAAACACUUUAGUGUUUGAUAUCGUCUUUAACAUAAUGUUUUAACAAGGCUAAAAAUCACACAUUCCACCUAAAUAGCCAUUUAUAGAGUAGGCUUUUGAUAAUUUGCUGGAGGAAAAUCUAAAUUGUUCCAAUUGGUAUUUAUUGGUAUUUUAAUUGUUAUAUCUGUUUUUAGAAAGAGUGGGGAAAAGGUGAAUUUGGAAUGUGCAAUUAACCUUUAAUUAACAUUUUAUAUGUAAUAUAUAUAUUCUUGCGUUCUUUAUGGUCAUGAAUCGGAAAAGAUGUUGCUAGAUUCUUGUUUUACAAUGUCAAUUAGUUUAAAAUUCACUUUAGAUUUUAGUAGAUGGGUUGAAUUAACAUGUUCAGAAGGACAUUGUUACUUUACCUGUUUGUAAUGCUGUGCUUGUUUUUCUGAUCAAGUGUGAUAUAUAUGUUUGACUGUCACUAUGAUAAUGGACGACUGUUAUUAAGCAUAAACAACAAUGAGUAUUUAUAGGUGUUGGUAUAACAUCGUUAAAUUUUUGGAGAACAGGUUUGAUUAGUGGAGCAGUAGAUGGGAUGAGUCCAGGGACAGAAAACGUUGCAAUUAUAGUGUCAUGAACUAUUUUUGUGUCUCAUUUCCCUUUUCCUUUCCACUAUAUCAGUGGAAUCUAUUUUUGUGUAUCAAAAACCUCUUCUUUCUGAAGCUGUUCAUUUCUUAAAUACACCUCAUAAGGAAAGCUCAGACUAGUUUUGCCUUCUUUUCUUAAUUUAAUAUUUAUCCCGUUUGGCUUUUAAGAUACGCAGUGUAAAUUAUAACGUUUUCAAAAGGUGUGUAAUGUUUUAAGGUCGUGUCUGUUUACCUGCAAAAGCCUAGUGACGUAAACAUGUACAUGUUUCACCUGAUGAGUUGAUUAAAACAUUUGGUCCCAAUGAAUCAGGGUAAUUAGGAUGCUUUAGAACAGCUUGGACUGUUUGGAAUGGUAUAGAUCUUUGGAUUUUCCCAUAGACUGUGACAGUUUGCAAAGGGUAUGAAAAAUUUUGGACAUGCCACUUUUUGUUCAAAUGUAAAUAAAAGAUGAGUAAUAAUUUUUUCCACAAUGAUGCCUCUUGUACAUCGUCUUAUUAUAUUCUGGGAGACGCCUGUGUCAUUUCUAAUCAUAUUUAAAAAACUAUAUUUAUAUCUCAAAAAUGUAUAUACAAAAGACUAGUUGGCUUUUGUAUAUAAAUAUUAAUUAUUUAUUUAUUUAUUUAUUUUUUACACAUCAUCACCGUGUCUUUUAUUUAUUUCUCCAGAGCUUGCUUGGUAUUUAUUUAUUUAUUUAGAAUGAGUGGCGAAGCUUGUGGAAGGUUCUGGAAACUUCACGAACAUUCGAAGGCGAUGACGUAGCAGGAUUCUGAGGGGGGUUGAAUAACAACCGGUUUAUUCCGCUUAGCAACCAGUCGACUGUGGUGGCGCUUCGGUGACGGUUAAAACGCAGAAAGUCCAAGUUUUACCUCUUUUUUUUUGACGGAUUAACACUGUUUAUUAAGGUUCUACAAUGAGGGCUGAAGCUAAGCUGCAAGUGCGCGAGGGAAUGCGUCUUAUUUUCAACCAGGAAUCGUCCCCGAUGGACAGAUCUUCACGAUCAAGAAGUCGCAGCAGUAGCAGCAGCAGUAGUAGCAGUGAUGGUUCUUACUCCAGCAGUGAUAAAAGCAGAUCUCGCUCUGUGUCACGGAGAUCACGGAGGCCACGACACAGCUCACGCUGCACUUCAUCGUCAAGCAGCAGCCCCUGUUCUCGUUCUCGUUCUCGUCCACGAUGCUGCCGAGCUUCAGGUCGUUCCAGCUGUCGGCUUCGUGGUCGAUCUCGCUCUAACAGACCCUAUCCUAGGCACUCAUCCCGUUUCAGGCGAAGAAGAUACUCGCGCUCCGUCAGCCGAUCUUCUUCCCGAGAACGUUACUACAGGAGGUCAAGAACUUCCCGCUCUCGCUCUCCAAGCUAUAGGAGAAGAGCUCCCUCCUACAGAAGAUCCUACAGCCCCAGGCCGAACUCUCCGGAACGUUCUUUACAUCUUAGUCAGAAAG